CGUGCUCAGUGUGAAGGGAGAGCUGAGCGGGGAUACACGCUGCUGCUUGGCCUCCUGCCUGUGGAUUCAAUACGAGAUGUUCCUCCUGGAAAAAAUACAUUAAAAUACAAGUGCAGAUUUAAAGUAAGGCUCGGGAAUCCGACGCGUCUCUGACCCCGGCUCAGGUGUCCGUGAGUCCCGAGGAAACGUCCCCUUUGUUCGGCUUGUUUCAUCCACCCUUCACCUGCAGCAUGGAGCAUUCAGAGAAGGAGCUCCGGACGGAAGACGAGGCUGAAUAUGAGGAAGAAGAAGUGGACCCCAGAAUCCAGGGGGAGCUGGAGAAACUCAACCAGUCCACCGACGACAUCAACAGAUGUGAGACAGAGCUGGAGGACGCCAGGCAGAAGUUCCGCUCGGUUCUGGUUGAGGCCACGGUGAAGCUGGACGAACUGGUGAAGAAGAUCGGCAAGCCUGUGGAGGAGUCCAAGCCUUACUGGGAGGCCCGCAGGCUGGCCAGACAGGCCCAGCUGGAGGCGCAGAGGUCCACUCAGGACUUCCAGAGAGCCACGGAGGUUCUGCGGGCGGCGAAGGAGACGAUCUCCCUGGCGGAGCAGCGCCUCCUGGAAGAAGACAACCGGCAGUUUGACUCCGCCUGGCAGGAGAUGCUGAACCACGCCACGCAGCGGGUGAUGGAGGCGGAGCAUACCAAGACGAGAAGCGAGCUGGUGCACAAAGAGACGGCGGUCAAAUAUACGGCGGCCAUCAACCGCAUGAAGCAGCUGGAGAAAAAACUCAAACGCACCAUCAGCAAGUCCAAGCCUUACUUUGAGAUGAAGGCGAAGUGCUACCUGCAGCUGGAGACCCUGAAGAGGAACGUGGACGAGCGGCAGGCCAAGCUGUCCCAGGCCAAAGGCGAGUACAAGACGGCGCUCAGGAACCUGGAGAAGAUCUCCGACGAGAUCCACGAGCGGCGGAGGAGCUCCACCAUAGGGCCCCGGGGCCGCGGCGUGGGGGCCGAGGGCGACUCCAGCGUCUCCGGGGACGACAUCUCCAACUUCAAGAUGGAGUCGGACGGGAUUUCCAUGGCGUCGGUGUGUUUCGAAGACGAGGCGUCCGGCGGCAGCGCCAUCAUGUCGGAGGAAGACUCGGAGACUCGCUCCACCUGCAGCCUUGGCUCGACUCCCAGCAGCCCCCAGGAGCUGCUGUCACCCUGCCCCUUCGCCAGCUCCUCCUCUUCCUCCUCCUCAGUUUCCGCCUCUCCAUCACCCACUCCCUCCUCUUCCUCAUCCUCCUCCUCAUCCCCAUCCUCCAUGUCCCGGCCCUGCAGUCUGGACCUCCCCAGCACCGUGUCGCUGUCGGACUUCGGCCUCAUCUCUCCGGUGCUCGGGCCGCGCAGCGAGUGCAGCGGAGCGUCGUCGCCCGAGUGCGACCUGGAGAGAGGCGACCGAGCUGAAGGUGCAGAGGGGGAUCUGGACAACGCUCCGGCCUCCAACAACAACAGCAGCAGCAGCAGCAGCUCCACCUCCAGCAGCAGCCCCACCUCCAGCAGCAGCUCCACCUCCAGCACCAAGAGGAGCUUCAGCCUGGAGGCGCGCUUCAGCUUCCUGAACCUCCGCCGCCCGCGCUCCGACAACGCCAAAACCUCGGACAACUGUUCCAAGAAAGCCGAGCAGACCGCGGUGUCCGUCAAAGGAGUCUGAAGGAUUUCUUGAGCCAAACUCUGAAAAAACUGAGCCACGACAUUUAGAGACUCCAGUGAGAGAGAGACGCUGAAGGUCCUGGAAGGUGUAAAUAAGGUUUCCUGUUCGUCACGGCGGCGAUGUCACUCCCAUUCGCUUCAUGAAGGACGAUGCACAUUUGGACUCUCACGCCUGAGACCGUCGACGAUGUGUCGGUGACGGCAGAGAGACACGUCUUUAUUCAUGUUGUUAUUUUAUUGUUAUUUGUUCAAAAAAAGGAAAUGUACUUUAGCUGCCUGACCUUUGACUUGGGGAUCAUUUUAAAAAGUGCUUUAUCCAUUAAAUAAUUGGUCUAACUGUUAAAGGAAAUUGAGAAUUUGUUACUGUUGAAUGGCACUUGGCAUACUGUAAACCAUGCAGAGGAAAGGAAAUGAAGUCACAUGUGGAGAUGUUCAAUAAAUAACUGGUGUUUUCAAAUGCUAAA